CGGCAGCUUCCUGAGCUCCGCAAGUCCAAGCUCCAGCCCUGCCUGCAUCCACAUCAUCUCACAUCCACAAUGCCUGCGAGUCCGAGGCCGUCGAGGGCAUCGCCUGUGCUGCCGAAAGCCCAUUCGCCACGCUCGCCACCUGUUGAACAGUUCGAAGAACCUCCAGAAGGCCUGGAUGAACCACCGCACGGGUACGAGGCACAUGAUGGUGUUUACGAAGACGAGGAUGGCAUUCCUUACCCGGAGCCCACCUCCGAGCAGACGCUGCUGCCGCCGCCGAACUUCAAACCUUUCUUCACUGUCGUGGAUGACACCACGACAGGCGAACACUAUCAUCCCUUUGUCCACUACGUCUUCGCUGACGACGACCCGGUCAUCGUCACUGCUGCAGCGAUGCGGAGCCUUGGCCUAGACGACACUCAGUAUCUGCCACGUCCAGAAGGAGGAGACAAGCUGCAAGACCAGGAGCUAGUUGAUGACGAGGAAAAUGAACCUCCAGUCGAGUCGCCGCUGCCUCCUCCACUACCUGCAACUCAGGAGCGCUUUAUCAUUAUUGACGUUGCAGCAGACGGUCAGACUAUCGUCGAUGCGCAGUCCAUGUCACCAGACUGGCAGAUUACAAAUGCGUCCACUCGUAUCGCACCUUCAUUUGACGAAUCGUCACCAGAUUCCGGACACAUGCUACAGAUCGAGGGCGUCGAGCUACCCAGAAAGAACAAAGCCAAAGCCAAAGCGCAGCCCGGGGAGACGAAGCUCGGGGAAGCCAGAGACCGAAGUCAAGGCGAUAUAUUUGGAGCGCUGGAAAGUCUGGUGAUUGGUGUAGAGGGAAACCUGGAAGUCGCUCGAAGCAUUUCCCGCAAGCAGGAGGAUGUGGAUCAGUCGGAGCAGACUGUAGUACGCACUGAAGCUGCUCAGGGCGCUGUGAUGCAAAGUCAAUUACUCUAAGAAUAUGGAGAGUCGUUGUGACACGAUAACGAUGAGAUGGCGUGCCUAGGACUGGUAAUACACAGGCGACGAAAUCGUCGAGAUGCUGUCUGAGUACUGCCUGCGGGAA